AUGGCAAUGGCAGUGCUGCGGGACUGGUGCAGGUGGAUGGGUGUCAAUGCCCACCGCUCACUGCUCAUCCUGGGCAUCCCUGAAGACUGCAAGGAAGAUGAAUUCCAGGAAGCAGUGCAGGCUGCCCUAUGGCCCCUGGGCAGAAGCUUUUCUGGGAUGGAAGAGCCAGCCUGUGGGGAAGACUCCUUCGAGAGCUGGCUGGAUCAUGCCAAUGACAUGCUGUACCUGUGGCGCCACAUAUCGGAGAGGGAGAGGAGGAGGAGGCUGGUGGAGAGCUUGGGUGGGCCUGCCCUGGAUCUCAUGUGCGGGCUCCUGGAAGAAUAUCCAGACACUCCUGCGCAGGACUGCCUGGCGGCGCUGGUGCAGGUGUUUGGGAACAAGGACACCCGGAUGACCGCACGGCUGAAAUUCCUGACUUGCUCUCAGCGGCCUCAGGAGACUCUCUUUGCCUAUGUGAUGCGCCUGGAAGGCCUGCUGCAAGUGGCCUUGGAGAAGGGGGCCAUCCACCCAGCUAUUGCAGACCAGCUGCGAGCCCGACAGGUGCUGAUGCGGGCCCGACCCAACCAGAUGCUCCAGAACAACCUGAGGAGGAUGCGUCUGGAGAGGAGGCCACCUGGCUUCCUAGGGCUUCUCCGGCUCAUUCGGGAGACGGAGGCAUGGGAGGCUGCCCGAGCUAGGAAUGAGCAGUUGGAAGGUGAAGAGGGAGCUGAAGUUUACCAAGGCAAUCUGGCUGCUGCCCAGGCUGCACCUGACAAUGAAGAUAAUGCUGGGGCCACUCUAGCCUGUGAAAAUGCCAGUGAGGCUGCCCUUACUAAUAAGAUCACCAUGGAAUGUAUCUCCAUCAUUGUAGAGAAAAACAAGGAAGAACCAUCCAGUGAAAAUGCCAGCAAGGCUGCCCCUGCAACUGAAAACACUGGUGAAUCCUACUCAGCCAACAAAGAUGCCGACGAGGUCACUCCUAGCCCUGAGCAUGCUGCUGAGGCUGCUUUCAAUACAGAUAAUGUCACAAAGGCAGCACCUGCCAUUAAAGAGGCCAAGACCUCCCCUGCCACUCAGGAAAAUGAGAAUGCUUCUACCCCUGCAAGCCGAGGCCAGGCAAGAUCAACCGAGGCCCUCAGUGGCCCCACCCAAUCCCAGAUGGGCAGUGCUUCUGAUGCUGGCCUACUAGGGCCUGGUUGGGGGCCAGAGAGCCUCAGCCAGGGAGAAAAUCAGGAGGCAGAGGAGCCCCUGCUGGAGGGGCUCAAGGACAUUCUAGAGGAGUCAGGAGAUGAGGAUGGGGCUGGGGAGUUGAGCCACCCCAAGCCCUUCUUGGGCGAAUAG